UCAAUGUAUCAGUCGGCCGUGCACGGUUUGAAGUGAUCUACUUAGUUCGUCAGACAAACACAGACCACGUUCGCAAUGCAAUCGCUGGUGGUGUUCUUCGCUCUUGCCACAGUGGCGUGUGCCUCCUACAUCCCGUUGGCGCAGCCCCCGCACCACCCCGCAGUGGUGUUGGACCCUCAUGGAAGGCCUCUGGAUACCGCCGAAGUGAUCAACGCUCGUGCACUCCACCUGCAAGCUAAAGCCCUGGAGCCUCAUGCGGCCAUCGCUGUUGCCCCCGUCGCUCACUCCGUCGUGGCCCCCGUCGCUCACUCCGUCGUGGCCCCCGUCGCCCACGCCGUCGUGGCCCCCGUUGCCCACUCCUACGUGGCUCCUGCCGCUGCCGUCUCUCACCAGUCCCGUGUUGACGUGCGCUCCAGCCCCGCCGUCGUCUCCGUGCACGCUGCUCCCCUUGUAGCUCACGCUCACGGUGCCCUCGCCGCUCCUCUCUUGGGACACUCCGCCCUCGGUCUCGCCGGUCACGGACACUAUCUGCACAAGCGCUCCCUCGGACACAUCGCCUACAGCGCCCCCAUCGCCGUUCACGCUCCCGCCGCCGUGUCCCACCAGUCCCGUGUGGACGUAGUGUCCAGCCCCGCCAUCGUAUCCCACGCCGUGGCCGCUCCCGUGGUCGCCCACGCCGUCGCCGCCCCGGUCGCCGUCGCUCCCGCCGCCGUCUCCCACCAGUCCCGCGUUGACGUGCGCACCAGCCCCGCUGUGUACGCCGCCGCCCCCAUCGCACACUCCGCCGUGUACGCCGCAGCCGCUCCCCUGGCGCACUCUGCCGUCUACGCCGCAGCCGCUCCCCUGGCCCACUCUGCUGUGUACGCCGCCCCCGCCCAUGCUGCCGGCCAUUGGGCUCAUGCCUGGUAAUAGCGAAAACUGACGAACUCCUAAGAUAAUGUGUAUAAUAAUACUCAAACGAUAUUUAUA